UUCAGAAUUCACUUGACUCACUCUUGUUGUUUCUUAGUUUCCAGCGACAGGCGUGAUGGUAGAGGAAAAGAGGGAGAGGGCGGAGGAGGCGUCCGACAGCCCGCAGAAAUCCCCGCGCCUGGACCCGCUGGCUGGUCCUGGCUGCAGCGACGCGCCUGCGUCUCCGACGGAGUCGAGCGACGAGUGGCCAUCGUCCGGGGAAUGGGAGGCGGGGACCAGCAGCGACAGUACCGGCGACAGUAUGGACGACGGCGGGCGGUGCGAGCACAUACGCUUCGACCUGGAUAUGGUGGUACAUGAUCUCAAGGUCGCAAACCAGGUCCUCAAGGAGCCUCGGAAGUGCCAGCGUCGUAAUUGCAAGACGACCUGGGAGGGAGCCAGUGAGGACGACCAAGGGAUGAUGAAGUGCAUAGACUGCGCCUAUUUCUUCUGCUCUGGGUGGCCGGUGGACAGGGAGGAUCCGCAGGGACACGCCCGCUGGCACGCCGGCGAGCACCAGCAUUGGGUUGCUCGGUGGUGCGAUGAACCGAAUUUGGGAUACUGCUUCAUGUGUUCACGCCCUAUGAGGCUCAGUGACUGGAGCGAAGAUGACUAUGCAGUGGCGGCCAGAAAUGAAAAGGAUCAGCAGAUGCCGGGGGAUAGCGUUGCAAAGGAUGGCUGGGGAUCGGUGUCCGGCAUUGCAAAGGAUGAGCGGCAAAGGGUGCCCAGAAUUGCAAUGGACGAUGUUGCGUCUGGGUAUGCUAAUGGCGAUGGCCACGUUAUCAGAGGGAUGCCGAACCACGGAGAAACAUGCUACAUGAAUGCAACGCUGCAGUGCCUCCUUGCGCUUGGUAAGCUGAGGACAAAGAUUCGAAGUCCGGAUGCUCAUUUGGGGAGCAUUGGUCUGCACCUGCGGGAGUUGUUCGUAGAGACACGCAUUUCGAAUGAUGCCAGAGGCAUGCUGGACCCAUCCAUGAUACUGACAGCUGUGCGUGAGCGUUAUCCGGAUCGGUUCGAGGCCUGGAAGAUGGAAGACAGCCAUGAGUUCCUUCUGUCUUUAUUCAAUAUUGUGGAUGCGGAGGUGGAGGAGGAAAACGGUAGGCAUGUCUUGGAAGGGGGUGAAGUGUUUCCUACAUUUAACGUUUCUCUUUUUUGGGGGUCAGCUGUUUGAGACCACAUCCUGCCAAAGGUGCCCGCCUAGUGAUCCUAAAACCGUUGAUUUCAGUGAACUCUAUUUGUCACUUCCAGAGAAGGAUCCUCCAGCCAGAGUCGUUGCAUCACCACCAAGGAACAAAAGCCACGGAUCUCAAACCGACAAGAGUGAUGAAGAUAAUAAGAUUCAAACAAUUGCUGAAGGCAGUACUUCUCCUAUUCCCGGUUCAGGAUUGGGAGAUGGGGCAAUGGAGAAAACCCCCAGGCCUUUGCAAGUUGGUAAGUCUAUGCGCUCCUGUACUCAACUUAAAAGGCAAUGUUGAGCAUCUGAGAUCAUACAACUUUUGAGGAAAGAAUGCAGGAACAUGCGGAAUUGGGUGAUCUACUAGUAUUAUUUGCUAUUUCUCUGAAAACAAGCAAAUGGUACUUUUUGGAAUGGAGCUUCAUUACUAGCUAACCAGAGAAAACUGUCUGGACUUUACACAUGGAUAAAAGAAAUAGCAGGAAAAUCUUUUUGGGUGACUACAUAAUAUCUGACAGGAUGUUUCAGCAGUUUUAACAUGGCAAAGGUGUUCACCGUAGUGUAGUAGUUCAAACUGCCAUGGGAAGACCAGGAUCUUGAGUCCUUACCAUCAUACAGUAGGUGUUACUCCAAAAAUGGUUGGUCAACUUAAGUGUGUUUGGAUACUGUCGGAAAAAAAUAAACAGCUUAAAGUGUGCACAAUUGUUAUGAUGGUAAUUGUUAUGGACGUUUUACACAUGGAUAGAAGAAAUAGCAGGAUAACCUUUGGGGUGGCUACAUAAAAUCCGACAGGAUGUUUUCAGCAGUCUUAACAUGGCAAAGGUGUUCACCGUAGUGUAGUAAUUCAAACUGCCAUGGGAAGCCCAGGGUCUUUAGUCCUUACCAUCAUACAGUUGGUGUUACUCCAAAUGGUUGGUUAACUUAAGCGUGUUUGGAUACUGUCGAAAAAGAUAAACAGCUUAAAGUGUGGACAAUAAAGAUUCUAUGCAAAGGAUGAGUGAGGGCUUCUGGUUGCAUGGUCUUGCUAAUACUAAGCCCUGUAUGUUUGAAUCUGCAGAUUUUAGUGAAGUGAAGGAUGUUGUACACGGUCAUAUGCAGACUCAGAAGAAUGAUGUCCCACAAGAGAUCAAUGAGGUGCCAAUAGAAAUUUUGGAUUUCAUUCCUGAAUUAUUUGAUGACACUGAAGGAAUGGAGGAAGCAACAAUAGAUUCUCGCAAUCCAGAAGAUAAGGAGACGACUUACUCAGUAAAAGUUACUACCAAAGAAAAGGAGGAAGCUCAGAGCAGUGAUAUUGUUCAUGAUGAGGCCGAACAUAUGAACUCUCUUGUGUCGAUUGAGGACUGCCUGGAACUGUUUGCGCGUCGAGUGAAGGAACGUUGUGAGAACUGUUCCAAGGUUGCUGAACAGAUCAUGGCAAGCACCAAUAUAAAUACGACUGUUGAUGGAGAUCAGACUGAGCUGUCAGACAGGAAAACAUGCCCAAGUGAGCGAUCUAGUGACUGUAAUAGCUUGUCCGUAGAAUCUCCAAGUAGGCAACCAUAUCGUUCAGAUGUACCUCAUCAAGUUAUACUCUCUGAAAACAUAACUACUGAAGAAAUCACUUCAGGGACGAGCUGUGGUGAAAAGGACUCCGCCUCUUGCAGCACAGCCAAUGAAAAAGCUGAAAUUGAUCAAGGUGUACAAGAAGCUGGGCUUCCAGCUGAUAAACAGACUGACCUGCUCGGUGCUCAGGAUAGUCCGGAUACCAGCACUCAAAAUCAGGGUUGUACGAAGCAGGCAAUGCUGGAUGGUCAUAUUGCCCAAGAAAUGGAGGAAAACCAAAAUGAGCAGAAAGAUGGCAACAGUUGUGCAAUUCGAACACAGUUGAUUAACAAGCUACCAGCUGUAUUAAUCAUUCCAUUCAAGAGAUACAGCAAUGAUCUUUCUAAACUGAGAGGGCAUGUGAGCUUUAAGGAGAUUCUUCAUCUUGGACCAUUCAUGGACCCCAGUUCUGAGGACAAAGAUAACUGCAGCUACCGUCUAGUUGGUGUCAUUGAGCACAAAGGGCAUCAAAUGAAUGGAGGGCACUACAUUGCUUAUGUGCGGGGGGCAGGUCACAACCAUCAGAGCAGUGGUUCUUCCUCAUGGGUUCGUGCAAGCGAUCUCGACAUCAAGGAAGUCUCCCUAGAAAAAGUUCUCGGCUGCGAGGCAUACAUGCUUUUCUACGAGAGGAUGGAGGACUGAUGCAUGUCCGGCAUUGCACCCAACUAAGCAAUCAGAAGGGCACUGACAAAAGAAGCAGAAGGUGUUUUGAUGGCCUGGUGUACCGUCCUACUUACAUAGUCACCCAACUAAGCAAUCAGAAGGGCACUGACAAAAGAAGCAGAAGGUGUUUUGAUGGCCUGGUGUACCGUCCUACUUACAUAGUCUAUAGAGUCUGUCGUCCAGUCCAAUUUUGUUGAUUUUGGCGGGCUGGGUCAUUGCAGUUGCAUGAUUUUGCAUUGGUUGCAACUUGUAGCGUGGUCAGCUGGAGAGAAGCAUUUUUUUUCUGUCCAUGAAAGUAUAGUAAUUCUUGUCAGAACGACAUGGGAUAGGUACGACACUGAAUAUUUUUUGUGAGAAACGAGAUUGAAUACACGUAGGAAGACACUGGAUAUUUUUUGUAUUCUGCAAUUAGAUACACCUCUGAAAAUAA